AUGAAUAGCCUUAUUUCGCCUCAAUUAUUUGUUUAUCCUCUUACUGGCUCAUAUGUUGCUCCAGUCAAAAAGACAUAUAUCCCUCCUGAAAUAAUUCGUAUUAUUCUUAGUUUAUUAAGGGAUGAUAAGAAAACUCUUGCGGCUUGUGCUUUAGUUAAUCACACUUUUAACCUUCAUGCUACUCCAAUCUUAUAUCAUACUGUCUCAUUUACUUUUCCUCAUACGUUUACACUUUUUGCUAAUGCCACAAGUGACAUUAAAAUGCGUUGUUCUCAAAUGGUUUACCACUUGGAUAUCUCUAGUUUUUCAACCUGCGGUCUGCAAAAAAGUUCUUUUGAAACACAAAAGGUCGUCACUCCAGAACUCUUAAUUCAUAUUUUAAGAUCAUUUCCAAAAUUAGAUGCUUUUUCCAUAUCCGAAUCUUUGGAAUCCGUCAUUACCCUCGACGUUUUAAAAGUUUUAUUUUUAGAAUGUAAAAACAUCAUAACUGUCGAUUUUUGUGGAUGUGCUAGCAAACAAUUUAGUAAUACUUUAGAAGAAUUCUCUCGCCUAAUUGGUCGCAUUAGAAUAGAACAAAUUUAUAACGAUGAUGCUGAGACUACAAUUGAUUUUCAUAUGACUUAUGAACCUUUAUUAUCUCAUCUACAAAGACUUUCAUUUCAUGAAUGUCCAACAAUUUCUGAAUAUUCUGCUAUUAUACCUAUUCUCGCUCAUGCUCCAAACCUUACACAUCUUGAUUUGGGCGGUUGUUCUAUAAGUGAUUUAACUCUAAAUUUCUUGGCCGUAACAAACGCUCCAAUUAAGUUAUCACAUUUACUAUUAGCUAAAUGUAAAAAUAUUUCAUCAGAUGCUAUUUCAUCUUUUGUUUCUAAAUGUUCUCAAUUAGAAACUCUUAACCUCUACGGUGAUAGAACUGCUAUUAAUGAGUAUGAUUUAAUAACCAUACUUCGUUCACCGAAUGCAAAAAACUUUCAAAUAUUAGAUAUUGGAUCUUCUUAUAUAACACCUUUGAUUUUAACUACAAUCAAAGAAAAUUGUCCAUCAUUACAAAACCUUGGAAUUUCAAAAGCACAAAUUACCAACAUAAAUCUUAUUAAAGAUCUUAUAACUGCUUUACCAAAUCUACAAUACAUUGAUCUCACUUCAAUUCCAUGUUUUAAUAUUUUAAACACGAAUAAUCUUUUUACUAUCACAAAAAAAAGUAAUCAUCCUCUUCACACAAUUGAGAUGAGUGAGUCAUUGCUUAAAAGGCUUAAUACUGUUGAUGGUUGGAAAAUUGAUGUAAAUUAUGGUAGAAGAUGGUAUUAUUCUCGUCAAAUUCAAGGAGGAGUAAUUAGACCUGAUAGAGUACAUGGUAGAAAAUUAGAUUUAACUGGAUAUGGAACAGAAUAUAUGAGCAAGAUUUUUCAAUAUUAUAGUUUUGACGCAUGA